AUGGCGAGUCCUUUGUCGGUCCUCUCUCCCCUCUCCUCAUCGAGACAAAACGCUCGCUCUCCGCUAGUCGAUUCUUUCCCCCCAGACGCGAAGCCAACGGAAUUCAGCCCUCGAGGCAGCGUCAGGAAGGGAUUUGCGAUCUUUGACGAAAACGCGUCUCCAUUAGGCCAAGACCAACAUAUGGCUUCGCCAGCCGUCUCCGGUGCCGAAGACGACGAGUUGGAGGACCAAGAAUUGCCGAGCUCGCCUUUCCGGGAGGCCGUUGAAACUGAGAACACCUGCACAACCCGAGACAUAACGCCCAGGCAGCACGAUGUCGACGCUACUGAGGCUAACACACUUGAUGGCCAGGGUGAUGUUGAUAUGGACGAAGAGGACUUCAAGCCGGAUACCCUUGCUGCGCGGACCGUGGACGAGGCACCAUAUGUCGACGAAAUGGUCCUCACUAACGAACAAAAACAAAUCGAAUCAUACACUGAAUUGGACAGCAGCGUAAUACACCACCAUGUUGAGCGGACUCAAACUCGAAAGGUGUCGGGCAUGACUGUGAAUAAUGAAAACAUGAGUCUCGUGUACCACGAGGAUGAAGAAAAGCGAGCUUUGUUUGAUGAUGGCACAGGAAGCCACGCCCAGCCAGGCUACGAUACCGGCGAUGACACCUGUCUAAGCACCUUUUCGGCUGUUCCCAACGCUGAUAUGACCCUCUUCGCUAAGCUAAGAGGGGAUUCGCCAUUGAAACGAGUGAGAGAGAACACAGUUAGCCCCCGAAAAACAGGUUCCCCGGGAAGGUUUAGAGACUCUAUUCUGGAGACUCCUGGUACUGCCCGGCGAGAUUAUAGACGGAACGGCUGGGGCGAUCAGGGGGGUGAUUACUGUUCUUCGUCCCCGGGAAGGAAAUAUCCCCGGAUUGACGAGACACCAAAUUUACUGGACUUUACCGAUCAGCUUGGCGCGUUUCCACAGCACAAACAGUAUCCCUCUGAGAAUAAUAAUGGAUCUCCGGCACGUCGCAAUCCUCGCAUUUCUCCACUGAAGACGGCUGAACGGUUCCGCUCCCCUUCCAAGUUGUCCUUGUUGGAUUUUGAUAUCCCGCCAGCUCCUACCCCACGCUCGAUUCCAACAAUUACCCCGAGGGAAUUAGAGUCUUUAAAAUCGACAUUCCUGUCUCAGAUAUCUUCGUUGAAAGCUACUUUAAGUGGCAGGGACGCCGAAGUUGCCAGUUUAAAGGAAGCAGUGGCCGACGCCGAAAGGCGGGUUGGUGAAGCCCUUGAGGAGGUGCGGAAUGAGGAAGCACGAAGAGAGUCUGAACAGCGGGAGUGGGAGCGCCGGGGCAAGGAAAUGGAGACUGUUUUGAGGGGCGUCAAGGCAGAAAUCGUGGACGGAGAGCGUGAAAGGAAGAGGUUAGCCGAGAGGGUGGAAGAAAGUGAUAAAACAAAAGAGCACCUGGAAGGAAAAAUAGUUGAGCUGCAGAGCCAACUCUCUGCAGCUAGGCAAGCUACCCCUCAGCCGGCUACUUUGUCGGCCCCAAACACCCAAUUCAAAACAACAGACGAGGUAGCCAAAGAAGUUCAAGAUGCUGUUGAAAAGGUGGCACGCGAACUGCACACUUUAUACAAGGGUAAACAUGAAACCAAAGUUGCAGCGUUGAAGAAGAGUUAUGAAGCUCGCUGGGAGAAACGCGUCAGGGAAGCCGAGAAGAAGCUCAGGGACGCUAUGGAGGAGAAUGAACGCUUGAACAACGAUCGAGAUACAGCCAUUCCUGACUUUCAAGGCCGUGCAUCAGCUGGGGAGACAACUAUGUUACGAGAAAACGAAAAUCUUGAGGCGGAGAAGAAGGUUUUAGAAGCUAAGGUCAAGGGACUUGAGCAAGAGAUGCUUUCUGUGAAGCAUGACCACGGAUUGCUCAGUGAACAGUUGAAAAAUGAACGCGCCGAAAAAGGUGAACUCGUUGCCCUCGUGGAUGAGUGGCUUGCCAUGCAACACCAACAGCAGCAGCAGCCGCCGGAGCAGCAGCCCGAUGAGACACCACCGCCAGUCCCUCCACAUGGGGAACGCGAGCUCUCGACUCCCCGAGCAGAGAUCAGCCAGGGAGAAGACCCCUUACCGGUGACUCUGCCGAAACCGGAGUUUAUGGAGAAGCCGGCUACCGCGCAAUCAACUAAUGAACAAGCCCAUCCCGCCAGCAACAUUGCCCGUUUUCCCGGCGGUUCGAGCGGUAUUCGCCCCCGCCCUUCUGCCGGGCCGACCCCCAAAGUCCCACGAUUCGGUAUGCCCGGUAGCCAUGUGAGGGGAAAUAGUCGAGACGAAAAGGGUGUGAGCGGUAUUCCGAGCAAGACUCCUGUUGCGCCGCGAAGUGGGAUUAUGAGCUCGAUUGAAAGGAUGGGAAGGGGAGGACUUUGA